UUGACGCUUUCAAAAAUGUCAUCCUGGAACAUUUGCAGCCGGAAAAGGAACUGAAAAGCAACCGAAAGUCGGGUAAGAUUGGGCUAACGAAAUGAGCGUGAAAGAGGAUCUGGCCCUGCAGCUGGCGGAGCCGCAGCUGGCCAAGCUGACCAGCGAAUCGGAGGAGAUACGCUUGCGCGCCCUCGAGCAGGUUGAGACGCGGUUCAUCCGGUGCCUGCAGCUGGGCGAGCGCAUCCACUUCAAGCCGGUGCUGCUGCUCAAGCAGCUCAUCCGUUGGUUUGGCCACACGCCGCCCCUGGCCGCCGACCGGGUGCUGGUCAUGAUCCUGGAGCUAAUGCGAUCCGAAUACGGCGAGGCGGUGAUCCGCAAGAUUCCCUACAACCGGCUGAAAACCGAACUGGAGAAGGUGCGUCGUGUGCUGCGCCCGCUGGAGUCCACGAGGAUUAGCGAGCUGCUGGAUGAUCUGCAACUGCUGCUCUUGGAGAAGUACAAGAUGGACCUGGUGACGCCCUGCACCUCCAGCCUGAGUUCCAUUAACCUCAGUAGCCAGGGAAGUGAUUCCUCAACCAGCAGCCUGGGAAAUCUCCCGGCCGAGUACUACGAGCCCGCCUGGACAAGUGCCGGCCUGGACGACGUGGCCAGCAUGAGGAACCUGAUCGAUAUGCCGCGCAACGGGGCCACCGAUGUGCCCGAGCUGCAGGUGCAGCUCACCCACCUCAUCAUUCGCAUGGGCGACUACCCAGCGGAGUAUUUCCUCCAGUCGCCUUUUAUAUUCCUGCAUUUGGUGCAACUGCAGACGCGGCAGGAUGACAGCCUGCUGCAGGUGAACCGGGCACUCAUUGCGUUCCUCAAGCAACUGCAGCGCCGCAUCCAAGUGCGUCGUCAUACUUUGAGCUAUGCGGCCAGCUUUGAUCCUCCGGGAACGCGUCCCAAGCAGCUGAAGGUGGCCAACGCCUUGGGCAUUCUCCUGGCCAACUGCACCAAGCUCAUCCGACCGCUGCUGUUCCGGUGCACCGCGGAUAACUGGCACAUUCUGGAGCUGAGCGUGGAGGCCGUGCGAACCUAUGAUGUUCUCAACUUCCGCGUUUCGCCCGGCGGCACUGAGCGCUUUGCAACAAUUGUUAGGAGGCUACUCGGGUUCUGCAACGCCACUUUGGAGGGCGAUGACCUGGAGAAGCUGGUGGACACGCUGAUGAUUCCGCGCCUGCAAUCGCUGAUCUUCAACGGCCUGCUGCAGGACACUGUGGCCCUAAAUUUCACCUACGACAAGCACUUGGAUCGCAACAAGGCCAAAUCGCUGAUACAGCCCAUCAUUCUGGACAGCUCGUAUCUUUCCUGCGUGCCCGAUCGCAUGAAGUCGCUGAGCAACCUGAUUUGCGCUUUGUCCUCGGAACCCUCGGCCGAGGAGCAGCAGCUGAUCAAGCUGAAGCGGGCCUACAGUUUGGCCCUCAAUCAAUUCCAGCCAAAGACCAAGAUGGGAGCGGCGCAACUGAUCCAAAUGCACAGGCAGGUGUGCCUGGUGACCAACCAGCUGGGCAGUGAAACCCUAAUCAAGCAGCUCUUCGAUGCGAUUGUGGAGUGUACACCGCUCUACGCGAACAAUCAGCAGUUGCGCCGGGAUGCGGAGGCACUGCUGUACACCCUCAUAGAUUUGCCCGACCACAAUCUGCGUGGUUUUGUCUACCGAUUGAUGCCGCGCCCUGUGGUCUCGCACUUCCAUGCCUUCAUGAACAAGACGGUUUAUAUGACGGGCUGCAGCAAUUUGGAGCUGGCUCGCCAGCACAUUCUUGGCCUGCCGCUGAACACCAAGCUGCUGCGCCGCCUGAUCCUCCAGAGUUGGGACGCCGAUGCCCCGGAACAGGUGCGCCAGUGGUGCAUUGACUAUCCCACCAUGCUGCUCAAGCUAAACUGCGUGAUUGCCGCGCAGGACUUUAAUAUCGUCUUUCAAUUGGUUCUGCCUGUGCUGCCUUUGCUCAUCUGCAGAUCGGUGAUUCACAAGCAGCUGCACAAGGUGGUGUGGCAGAUGUUUGAGCCGGACACAAGCAGUCUGGAUCCGCCGUUGAUGCUGCGUGGCUACGUCUUCUACAUGUUCCAUCCGUUCUCCCAGAUGAGGGGCGAGGCCACCACCAGGAUCGCCUACGUGCUGCAGUGCCAGGAUUACACAAAUAAAUACAAGCCCACGAUGGACAAGGUUCCCAUUGAGCUGCUGGCCAAUGAUCUCUGCCUGAUUCAACCGCCUGCUAGUUAUAAAAGCAUUUUCAACGAGUCCUCCGAGGAGCCUUUCCAGGGACAGCGCAGCCUGGAUGCCCUGAUCCGUUUGCUGCAGACCAAAGACCUGAGGCCCACCAUCAGAAAGUCAACAAUGACGCAGCUAAAUGUUUUGCUUCAGAACUGGAAGGCCUGCGAGGACUUCUCCACGAAGGAGGAUGGCUAUCGACUGGUUCUGGAGUCCUUGCACAACGCUUUGAAGAAGGAGAGUGUUAAUGAUCCCGCCGACAUCCUUCUGCCCGCCGUGAGUAUUCUGAUGAAGCUGCUUUUUCACAACGAAGGAUUCCGCAAGGAGAUUGCAAACACUUUUGAGGUGUACGUCUGCCUGCUUCGCGCUUUGUUUAUGCUGCCCCACGAGGCGCAGUUGCGCCAGGAUGUCAGCAUAUGCCUGUUCCAGAUGCUCUUCCACAACUUUAUCACCUCCACGGAGGACAGGCUAGUGCUGGAUGUAGAGCUGGGUGCCAUGAUUCUGCCCAUCACCUACGAAGUGCAGGUCACAGCGACGGCGACUGCUGUUUCGGAGGGAAUGGCGCUGCAGCAGCAGUUGCAGGACACCCAUUUCGGUGGAGACAAAGCGAGAGCUUCGCAGCAUUGGCGGUUGUAUACGGCGCAUCGCGUUUGCCAGUGCCCAUCGAGCAUCACCUUGGAGUCUGUAAGAGAUUUGGACAUCAGGGAGUCGCUGAAGAUCCAAGUCGGUGAUCUCGCAUUGAUGCAAUCCUCCGAUUUGGAUUUGCAGCUGGGCCACCAGCUCACCGCAGCCAGUAACUGCAGCAACCACGAGGAUCUCCAGUAUAUUGUGACCCUGGUUCAGCUUUUCCUCGUCCUCCUGCGCAGCUCGAUUAGUCAGUCGGCGGGCGAGGGCCUGUGGAACUUGAUCCACAAGUAUAUACGCGUGGCUCCAGGCAACGAUGCGGAUCGCGGGCUCUACCAGUCCCUGCUGGAACUGUGCCUCACCUGCCUGCGCUUCAGCCAGCCCCAGGUGAUGGGCGGCCUGACCGAGGCCCUCGAAAGCGAUCAUCAUCACAGCUUUCAGCUUAUGCUGCACGAUCGCUUCAUUCCGCUGGAAACGCUGCACCUGAUUAGCCAGUGUUUGACGCACCUGCUCUCCUCCGCGUACUGUGCUGGUUCGCUUCAGAUGGACUGGCACGCAAGGUUCUUCAUGCAGCUGAGUUCGUUGGCCAAAACGCACUUUGAGUUGCGCCAACUGCAGCAUGUGCGCUGCAUGCUACGCAUCCUACGGCGUCUCAGCGAGCUGGAUCUGAAAUUGAGUGAUGUCCAGUUGACGUUCUAUUGCCAGCACUUCAUACAGCUGUCCAGCGAUCUGAGGACCUCGACGCAGACCGGCGCCCAGUGGCAGCGGGAUUGCCUGCACAUCAUCUGCCAGCUGCACAUGCGUCAAGCUCGUCUUCCUGCCAAACCGAAUGCCUCGAACGAGGUGGUAGUCACGCAAAAGGUGCUUCGCUAUUUGCUCGGCCUGUGCGGGCACAGCGAUGGCGAGGUGCGCGCCCUGGCCUGGGUUUCGAUGGCCAAUUGGAUCAACGGAAGCGGUGGAAGCAUGGCCAACAUUCUGCCCCGCCUGGACUUUCUCCCCGGCGGAUUGCCCGCCUGCUGUUUGACCACGCUACUGGAUGUCCACGAAAUUAUGCUGGUCAGGGAGUUGGCCGGUCGCGUUUUCAUCCUGUUGAUGCCGAUCAGUGGCGCAGAGACUUGCGUGGAAUUGUUGCGGCAUCAUGACUUUCUCAAGGACGCCAACAACGCCCUGCGGAUGACGCACGUUACUCCCUGGCUAAAAAAGGAGCCGGUGGGCGAGCAGCACUCGUGCGAAAUAAUUGCCUGCUAUGUGGCUAUCUGCACUCAAAUGGUCGUCCUCCAGCCGGGAUGGUGCGCCACGCUGUGCGGGCAUAGCUUCAUGAACGGACUGAGUGAUGUGAUGAAGACGCCAAAGCCACCGAAGGCCUUUUCCGCAUCCUUUGUGGCGCUGUGUGCCGGACAAAUAUGUGAGUUGUACGCUUUGUGCUAUCGUGAUAACUUUGAGUUCCUGCAGCGGAGCAUCUGUCGGGAUUCCGUCCUCAUGCAGAGCUUCCUGACGCUAACGAACGAAGUGCUGGAUAUGGAUUGCCCCGAGCGCUUUAUGGUUCAACUGCUCAAGUUGUUCCUGAUAUUUUGCAAGGAUUCGAAUGCCUACGCCUUUCUGGUCGAGCAGCUGAAGAGUCAGCCAGCCUUGUUCCUGGAUUUCUUCCUGUAUGGACUGCACUUGUCGUACACGAAUACCCCCUUUCAGCGCUACACCCUCUCCUCUUUAUCCAUGGUUUUUAUUAAGGCUCAGAAUGCUGCGGAAAAGGAGAGUUUGCUGCGCGAAUUGGAGCUUUAUAUACUGCCACUGGAUGAUCUUUUGCCCACUGAAGAGGAGGAUCUGGUGCUGAAUAACCAACACGAAAUAAUUUCCAUAAAUAAGCAACUGAUAUCGUUAUGCAUGCAGAAUCAGCCGGUGAACCCAGAGGGUGGGGAUCAAAGCCCAAUUGCUGGCAUCAAGACCACCAAUGCGGCUGUGGUGAUUUACCACCGCCUGGAUCGCCUCUUUGACAAAUAUUAUCCGCCCAAAAACUUCAGCUUUUUGCAAAACCCCAGUUCAGGUCAUGUCCAGAUCUGCGAGACGCUUGGAGUGCUGUUGAAGCUAUCCCCCUGGGCUGUUCAUGCGGCCGGUCAACUGAAGCUACUCGAACGAGUGGUUAAUCUCCUCGAUACUUUUCUCAACGACGCAAACAUUGGAAACGCCACCGUCUAUGUGAAGCGCAUGGGAGCCCACAAAUCGCAGAAUAUCCUGAGCAAUCUAUUGCUACUUAUAAACAUGCUGUCCCAGUGGCAUAGUUCGCAUCAUUCUGUGAUUAGCCACUCCCCCAUGGCCUCCACAAUCGUCCGCCUGUUGAUACGCAUGUGGCCCUGGCUGUCGCACUCGACGCAUCUGAAGAAGAUCACCGUGCAGCUGGCCAUGUUCCUCACCGAGCACUCCUUCGAGAUGUGCAAACAGACUUCGCUUCUACAUUCCGGACAGGCGCAUUCUCUGCUAACUUUAAUGGUUCGUGUUGCUGACUUUGAGACGACCAAGAAGGAGACUCCCAACAAGGAGCCCAGUCUCAGCAUGGUGCCCGCUUUGAGGGUAAUGGGAAAUUGCUGCUCUUGUGCCGAGGGUCGACUGAGUCUGACCAAAAUGCACAUACUGGACAUGUUUGACACCAUCCUGCCUGCCAAUCAGGCUUCCACGCAGGCCACCAAGGUGCGACCACUUGUUCUAAACGCUUGGCUCGGAUUUUGGGAGGUCUAUUCCCGGUACGAUGUGGGAGCCAAGGCUUGUCAUCUGCAUUCCCUCAUCAACACCAUUCAACGCACACCGCCCUUGAGCCAAAAGAGGAUCCUGUGCCUUCGUAUUCUUCGCAACAUGUGCUUCUUCAAUGGCAAUCGCAGCCAGCUUGUGGAAAUGGGUGACUUCAUUAACCUCCUGCGUGAUAUUGUAAACCAACCCGUGAACAAAGCAACUGGAUCGGGGGAAAAGGACUUGAACUCAUUCGAAGAGCACCGCUUGGCUGUCCUGAUGCUGUGGAAACUCUUCGGCUUCGGGGCCAAGUACAAGGGCAUGUUGCGGGGCACCAAACUGUUCAAACUGCUGAUCGGCCUUCGAGUUGAGCUGUCAGUGGUUUACUCUGAAAAUCCGCACAAAUACACCGACGUUCCUUAUGCUAAAGAUCUCGCCGAGUUGCUGGAAAAUCUUAUGGAGUCGAUGCGACAAUAAACAAUGGACGGACACGAACUGACAUAGUACAAAUAAAUAGGAUAGCUAUAACAAAAUUGUUUUUUUUUAUAAUAUGUGUCUUUUGUAAACGGACUUUUAAUAUAACAAACGAACCAAUGUACUCAAAAAACAAGUUAUUACUUAUAUUCUCACUUUUACUGUGAGUCUAAAACCACUCUAAGUCUACACGAUGUCCUUAAAUGAUGAAAAAUAAAUAUGUUAGC